AGGAUAUCCAUAUUACACAUCUGAAAUCUGAGAGUGUCUUGGGUUCACCUGGUAACAAUCAAUUGAUUCAAUUCCAUACACUAUACAGUAUACAGCUUGAAACACAGCCUGAAAGCCUGAGAUUAGCCAUAAGUCUGAAAGUCCUAAAUAAAAAUUUAAAGAAGUGGCAAAAGCUAGAACAGGGACAAAAACUCUGAUUAAAAAAAACUUUUAAUUCUCCGUAUUAGAAAAUGAGAAGCUCGUUCCUUCAUCCCUGCGAAUUUCGUUCCCCAACUUGCCAGAUUCCGGUAUAGAACUAUAGGUUUUAAACGAGUGAUCCAGGGGUAGCAAGUGCUGGUUUCAGCAGGUUACUCGCGGCUUUAGGGUUGAGGUUUGCUUUCAUUCUGGAUUGUUACUGGACAAGUACAAAUAGUAAUUGUUGAGCAAAGUAGAUUUUUUUGUUUGAUACAAUGGGGUCUGCGUUUGACUGGAGUAAGGAAGAUAUGAAUAUGAUUGUUACUCAAAUCAGUGUGGGCGGGUUUGGCAGUGAUGUAAGUGCAAAACAUCUGUAUGAUUAUCUUCAAGAGCAAGUGGGACUCAUAUGGAGGUGUAGACUCAAGACUUCUUCAACCCCUUAUGGAUCAUACCCAGAUUAUUCUAUAGAUCCAGAACACGUAAGAAAGAGCAAUUACUCUGAAAAAGUUGUCCCACAUGCUUUUGUACACUUUGUGAUGCCUGGUUCGGCAAAGGCGGCUCUGGCUGCUGCCCAGCGCAAUCAGCUUAUUUUGGCAGGAGACACGCCUUUAAAAGUUAGUUUGGGACCUGAGAAUCCACACCGGAUGAACGAGAGGAGGAGGAAUGUGUUGCCACAUUGCCUUCCAGACGCUCUUAUAGAAAUGGGAGUCAUGGUGGAUCGGGAUGAGUUUGUCGUGUGUUGGAGGGGACCUGCAAAGGGUGCUGAUUUUUACGUGGACCCUUACAACGCGACUUGCAGGCUGGUUUUCACAAAAGACACUGUUUUCAAUUACCAGGGUGAAAAUAAACAGGAAAUCGUGAAAUGUGAUUUCAAGAUCGAGUUCUCCUUGAAAGAAAUCAACAAGAUUCAGAGGCCUGAUGAUUAUUCUUCUCUAGUGAUGUUGUUGCAACUGGCUUCAGCACCACUUUUGUAUUACAGAACGUCUGCUGAUGAUACUGAAAGUUCGGGCCCGUUUGAAGUGCCGGAUGAUGACGAUCCAUGGAUACGUACCACGGAUUUCACCGGAGCAAUUGGUCGGUGUAACACAUAUUGGGUAUCAAUCAAGCCUUACAAGGGUCCCACUUUUAAUAAAGUUAUUGAUUACUUCAGAAAACAGAGAAUAAAUAUAGAUGAAUGUCCCAGGCAGAAGAUUAGGAGAAGGGAUGAGUGUUCUAUCGGGGUGGCCCAUCCCAACCCUUUCUUUUGUAUCCAAGACAAGGAAGGAAUGACUUUUCCAGUCUUAUUUUUGCUGAAUGCCGUUGUGCAUAAAGGUAUAUUCAAUCAGCAUCAGCUGACUGACAGCUUCUUCAGCUUGCUAAAAAGGUUGCCUGAGGAUGUAAAUCUAGCUGCUCUUAAGCACAUAUUUGCUUAUAAGUCUCCUGUAUACAAUGCAUCUAGGAAGUUAGAAUCCGUUCAGAAAUGGCUGCUAAAAAACCCAAAGCUCACCGAGAGGCGUAAGGAAUUGGAUGAUAUUGUUGAAGUGAGAAGGUUAGUAAUCACCCCUUCAAAGGCAUAUUGCUUCCCACCUGAAGCUGAGCUGGCAAACAGGGUCUUAAGGAAAUACAGAAACAUUUCUGACAGAUUUCUAAGGGUGACUUUUAUGGAUGAAGCAAUGAAGACCCUUAGCAAUAAUGUGCUCUCUUUUUACCCCGCUUUCAUCGUGAAGGAGGUUGAUGCAAAGAGUUCAUUUGCGCAGAAGACUUCUGUGUUCUUCAGGGUGAAAGACAUUAUCAGGAAUGGUUUCCGUUUGUGUGGCAGACAGUAUUCCUUCUUAGCUUUCUCAACUAACCAACUUAGAGACCGUUCCGCCUGGUUUUUUGCUAAUGGGGAAGGAGUUCGUGAACUGGACAUCCGUAACUGGAUGGGUAAGUUCAAAGAUAAGAAUGUCGCCAAGUGUGCUGCCAGAAUGGGGUUAUGUUUCUCAUCCACAUAUGCGACUUUUGAAGUUUUGCCGAAAGAGGUUGACUGGGAGCUUGAGGAAGUUAAGAGAAACACGUACAUUUUCUCUGAUGGAAUUGGCAUCAUAACAGAGGAACUAGCAGAAAGAGUAGCAGAGAAGUUGCAGUUGACUGUCAACUCACCUUGUGCUUAUCAGAUAAGAUACGCAGGGGCCAAAGGCGUUGUUGCUUGCUGGCCAAAAAGGAAGGAAGGGGUCAGUCUACACCUCAGGGGAAGUAUGAGGAAAUUCGAGUCUGACCACACGAUCCUUGAGAUAUGUUCUUGGACCAGGUUCCAGCCGGGGUUUUUGAACAGACAAAUAGUGACUCUACUUUCUGCUUUGGGUGUGGAAGAUAAGAUAUUCUGGAACAUGCAGGAAAAGAUGAUGUAUAGACUUAAUGAGAUGCUUUUGGAUUCAGAUAUUGCUUUUGAUGUACUAACUGUUUCUUGUGGUGAGCAAGGGGUAACGGCUGCAAUAAUGUUGGCGGCCGGCUUUAGACCUCACAAAGAACCUCAUCUUCGGGGCAUGUUGACUAGCAUAAGAGCUGCACAGCUUGGCGAUCUUAGAUUAAAGGCGAGGAUCUUUGUUCCUUCCGGAAGGUGGCUUAUGGGCUGUUUUGAUGAGUUAGGGGAACUUGAACAGGGUCAAUGUUUCAUCCAAGUCUCGAGUGUUUCUCUGGAGAACUGUUUCACCAAACACGGCUCUAAGUUCGAGGCAAGGAAGAACGUGAAAGUGAUAAAGGGCACUGUGGUAAUUGCGAAAAAUCCAUGUCUUCACCCUGGAGAUGUGCGGGUUCUGCAAGCAGUUGAUGUCCCCGGGUUGCACCAUUUGUACGAUUGUUUGGUUUUCCCACAAAAGGGGGAGAGGCCACACACUAAUGAAGCGUCUGGAAGUGACUUAGAUGGUGAUCUCUACUUCGUGACUUGGGAUGAUAAUCUUAUCCCGCCUAGUAGAGAAAGUUACCCCCCCAUGGAGUAUGCUGCUGCAGAAGUUCCAGAGUUGCCUCGGCCAGUUACUCAUCAACAAAUUGCAGAUUUUUUCGUGAAGAACAUGGUGAAUGAAAGCCUGGGAGCAAUCUGCAAUGCCCAUGUUGUGCAUUCAGAUCUGAGCGAAUAUGGAGCAUUUGAUGAGAAGUGUCUUAAGUUGGCCGAGCUUGCUGCCAUUGCCGUCGAUUUCCCCAAGACCGGUAAAGUUGCAAACAUGCCAGCUGAAUGCAAACCUAAGCUCUAUCCGGAUUUCAUGGGCAAGGAAGAAUUCCAAACCUAUAAGUCCAAGAAAAUCUUGGGCAAACUCUACCGGAGUGUCACAGAAGCUUCUGAUGCAGAAAACGAGUCUCCCUCUUCCAGUUUGGCAUGUCUCCCGGAGGACAUACCCUAUGACGCUGACCUGGAGAUUCCAUGGUCAGAAACUUCGUUAGAAGAGGCUUGGAGCUGCAAGUGCUCUUAUGAUGGACAAGUAAACGGUCUUCUCGGGCAGUACAAUGUGAGGAGAGAAGAUGAAGUUGUGACGGGACACAUAUGGUCCAUGCCAAAGCAUGGCAAUAACAAGGUCAAUGAUAUGAAGGAGAGGCUGAAGGAAGCUUACCGGAACCUUCGGAAGGACUUCCGGAAGGUCUUUGAUCAAAUCCCGGCCCAUGUUAAGGAACUUUCAGACAACGAGAAGAACAGUUAUUAUGAAAGGAAGGCAUCGGCUUGGUACAGAGUGACCUACCACCCCACCUGGGUCAAAAGGACACUGGAGCUUCAAAACCCUGAUGGUGGGACUGGGGAGUCGGUCAUGUUAAGCUUCCCAUGGAUCGCAGCGGAUUACCUUGCCCGGAUCAAACUCAGAUGCCGGGGAGUAGUAGGAAGCUCUGAUUCCAGUAAGCCUAUCAAUGCUCUUAGUAAGUAUAUAGUUGACAGACUGUGACAAAUGUUCUGUCUGAAAAUCUUUCUGGAAUUAUGCUGUUGGUCGGUGUAUGUAUUUCUCCAUCUUUGAACAGUGGGUCUCUAAUUUAUUCCAAUACUUCUCGGCCUAUAAGCUCUGCGGAGUCCCGACUUGAUACUAUCUAUCAGUUAUUCAGUUUGCUGCAAUGGUUACUGGUAUAUGGCCGUUCUGCGUUUGUUGAUAAAAACAGGCUUCUUUAAAAGCUACAUAGUACUUAAAAGCUUCAAAUAUAAUCAUUUUCAAAAUUAGAGUUUUAU